UUAGAGUUUACUACUUUCAAAAGAAGUGCAGAUAAAGGGAAGCAGGAACUUGAAUUUAUUCCAAUAAAUUUACAUAUAGAGCGAAUGCUAGUUUCAACGGACAUAUCAUCUGCAGGUAGAAUGUAUGACAUAUCAACUGUCGGCGCAUUUUCUACGCAUUGUAGAGAUAUGAAAAAUGGUGGCUUGCGACGUCUACUGAACCAAGUAAAAGUUACCUAUACAUCUGAUGGGUCAUCUCAUCAGACUACAAAAACUGCAAAGGCAUGCUGUAUCUUAAAUAAAAUCACCAACCUUAGAACUGAGCUAAAAUCUCUUUCAGACAACUUAUAUGAAGUUUCAAAUAAAGGACUUGUUGAGGCUGUUAAAGAAACUGUCAAUAAUAUGAAAGAAAAGAUUUCUGUUAUCAAUGGUUUAUGCGCUGAUAGUCUUGUGAUAGAAGCAUCUGAAGCUUAUUUAUCUGCUAAACGUAAUGCCAACACUAGUGAGGGUGCAGAUUUAGCUUCACUUAGAAACAUGUCUGAAAAUCAACCUCCAAGUAUUGAGCAAAAUUGGAAGUGGUCUGGGAGUAAUUUUGUUAAAUCUCCUACAAUGGAGCCUUGGGAAGUGACAAGACUAAAUUUGGAAGCAGCCUUUGUCUAUUUGGUUUCUAUUGUGGAAGACCUGGUAUUAAAUAAAUCACAAGAAUGCCUAAAUGCAGAUAAUACCUAUACAUCUUUGUUGGAAAAAAUCAAACCUGCAAUUACGAAGAUGCAUGGCUUCCUUGAAAUAAUUUGGGCAAGGAUGUCACUUUUUCUUACGUUUUUAUCAAUUAUGGAAAAUAAAGGGCAAGUUAAGCAAAUUCAUGAGAUCAAACUUAGAAGAGAUAUAGUCAAUUCUCAUGCAAUUUCAACGUUAAUCAGUGCAUUUGUUGCAGUCACACACACAGAUAAAAUGCUUGAGCCACUCUUUUGUAGACAGUUAUGUACUGUUGGUAUCAUUUGCCAGUUUGAAGGAUUGCUUAGCUGUUAUGGUAGUGAAAUGAGUAUGCUUGAGGAUACAAUGAUAGCAGUUGAUGAUCUUAGUAAUGUUUCUUUUAGACUGGUCACUGCAGUGGAUAAAGCUCUGUGUCCUAAAGCAUCUCUUGGAAGUUUUGUACGAGAAGGACCUUAUCCAGAUAUUAGCAGACAUAAUAUUAUCAUUGACAUACCGGUGCCUCCUGAUACAUUUUCACAACUUCCUCAAGAACUCCAGCUAGGAAAACAGAUAACAGUCACUCCAGUUGCUUUCAAUAUUGGCAUUAAUGAGCAGGCUACUCUUGCCGAAAAAUUUGGUAGCACAGCUCUUCAAGAAAAAAUGAAUGCAGAUUCUUUUGCCAAAGUAUAUGAAUAUUAUAUGUUAUACACAAAACAUUUUGAUGAUCCUUGUAAGUUUUUAUGUAUAAACUAGCCUGUGAGGCCUUGUACUGGCUUUUGAUCUAAACUUAUCUAUAAAUAAAAAGUCCGUGAUUUGUGUAUUUAUUAAGCAUCAUAAAACCGUCGCUACUCAGGUUUUGGGAAUAUAUUAAAUUGCUAAUUAAUUUCAAUUUGCAAAUAACGAAACGACGUUUUAGAAAAAAUAUACAACCAUUACUCUAAACCUAACUCUAAACAUAACCAACAAGAACCUUUGACAUAAGCAUAAACGUACACCCUUUUUCUUCCCCGCACGUCUAUGCCUAAAAUAAAAUACU